AAUUCCAAGUCCAAAUGCAGCACUCAUUAACUCUUCCCCUUCUCCCUCACUCAUCACUCACUUUCUUAUUCACACACACAAUCUCACAUUCUCUCUUUCUCUUAACUUAUAAGAGAAAAUGAAGGCAGCAUACCUUAUGAUGGUAUGCACUGUACUGGUGCUUCUGGUAGCCAAACCACAAGUCACAAUGGCUGUAACUUGCAGCCCGGUGCAGCUCAGCGCAUGCGUGAGCGCGAUUACCUCAUCAACUCCGCCAUCUCAGCUUUGCUGCAGUAAGAUUAAGGAGCAAAAGCCCUGCCUCUGCGCAUACCUUAAGAAUCCAAACCUUAAGAAGUUCGUGGACUCACCUAAUGCCAGGAAAGUUGCCAACACCUGCAAAACUCCCUAUCCCAAGUGCUAAACUCAAAUUAUUACUCCUUCAAGAGCCUCUCUCUCUCUGUCUCUCUCUCUCUCUCUCUCUCUCUCUCUCUCUCUCUCUCUCUCUCUCAUAUAUGGAUAAUGCUAGCUUAACUUUGUGUGUUUUUUGGUGUCUUUUUUAUAUGUCUGUUGCUAUGGCUAAUGCACUUAGUUGUGAUGAGAAAUAAUAUGUUGGGGACUCGUUCAGAUGUCUUGUUCA